UUUUAAAAAAGUGCAUUAAGCACACAGUGCGCAAAGAAAACUAUCAAAAAUGCCGAGUCAAGAGAUUCUUACAACAAAAGUUGUGGUUCAUCCACUUGUCCUUUUAAGUGUAGUGGACCAUUUUACUCGAAUGGGAAAAAUUGGAUAUCAAAAACGUGUAGUAGGUGUUUUACUUGGAUCUUGGAGAGCUAAAGGAGUACUAGACGUGUCAAACAGUUUUGCAGUACCAUUUGAUGAAGAUGACAAGGAUAAAUCUGUAUGGUUUCUUGAUCAUGAUUACCUUGAAAACAUGUUCGGAAUGUUCAAAAAAGUUAAUGCUAGAGAAAAGGUAGUUGGUUGGUAUCAUACCGGUCCAAAACUCCAUCAAAAUGAUGUGGCGAUAAACGAAUUAAUUAGACGAUAUUGUCCAAAUUCAGUUCUUGUUAUCAUUGAUGCUAAACCAAAAGAUUUAGGUCUUCCGACCGAAGCAUAUCAUGUAGUUGAAGAAGUCCAUGAUGAUGGAUCACCAACAUCAAAAACUUUUGAACACAUCCCUAGUGAAAUCGGAGCAGAAGAAGCUGAAGAAGUAGGAGUAGAGCAUUUACUCAGAGACAUCAAAGACACAACUGUGGGUACCCUUAGUCAAAGGAUUACCAAUCUAUUGCUGGGAUUAAAAGGCCUUCAUGCUCAAAUCCGGGAGAUACGUGAUUAUUUGCUCCAGGUUGGCAGUGGAAAACUUCCCAUAAAUCAUCAAAUUGUAUAUCAACUUCAAGAUAUCUUCAAUUUAUUACCUGAUAUGACACAAAAUACUUUCGUAGAUUCUUUAUAUGUUAAAACCAAUGAUCAAAUGUUGGUAGUUUAUUUAGCUGCUCUCGUAAGGUCUAUUAUUGCCUUGCAUAAUCUUAUCAAUAAUAAAUUAACAAAUCGGGAUGCGGAGAAAAAAGAAACAGAUAAAAAAACAGAGACUAAAAAAGAAGAAAAAAAAGAAGAGGAAAAGAAAGAUGAAAAAGAAAAAUCUAAAACUAAGUGAUCGUAACAAAUUGUGAAAUUUUU